CGCCUGCACCUUGAUUUCCUUUCGUUCAGCAUUGCAAUGUACAGGGCGCUGCUUCCACGUGUGCAGUGCCAAUGAAAGGCCCUACCUUCCUCUAUUCUGUACGCCUCCCUAAUUCUGCCCUCUCUUGCCCUUCCUGCUUUUCAUGCAAGUCUGCUUCUCCAGUCUCGUGCUUCGCUCCCCGACCCGUGCCCUGAGAUCUCCGAAGUCCUUCGUCAAUACUAUCAUGCUUGCCCGGGCAGCCAACAGACAUGCAUCCUCGGCCUCUAGCGAGAAGAAGCAAUCUUCUCUGCCAUUCAGUUCCUCCGCAGCCAAUGCUCCCCGCGAUUCCUCGUCGGGUUCUCUGAAGAGGAAACUGGAUCGGACCAUGAGCAGCUCCAGCAACUUGGGCUCUCUCCAUCAGCAACCCUGGUCCGACGAAAACACCCCGCCUACCUUCAUUGACCUCACGGACAAUGUCGAAGGUCACCCCGACGUCCGAUACCCUGAUUUGCCUGCGAUGGAUGCCGUCUCUUAUCCUUCACUUCCCUCCAUCCAGAAGGGCUCUCCGACUGUCCCUACGAGUAGCGCCGAAGUCCCAUGGUCGUCAUCGCCAGCGCACCAUUACGAAAACCCGCCCACACGAAAGCUGUCAAAAGAUAUACCGGAGCCACGGACGGUGGGACCAAACAAGAAAAGAGCACUGCCCGCAUCAUUCACGGCUCAAGUCUCAACUGCCUACAGGGAUGAAGAAAGCACAGCGCAAGGCGAGCGUCCCGACAAAUUUGAUAGAUUCAGUCCGUCAAAACAGUUGCAGAACGCGAGCAGCCGUGAAAAAGCGUCCCUUGCGAUGUCAGACAUGUUACAGAAGUCAUCAUUCGCGCGCCAUCGAACAAAUGCGUCGCUUUCGAGGUCCUCGUCUGACCGUACGGUUCUGUCGACCAGCAAACCGGCGGAAAUAGCACCGGCAACGUUUGGCACAGUGUCGGAGCCUUUCUUGAGCGACGAGCAGAAGUCUGUUAUGAAGGCAGUCAUGGACGAAGGAAAGAGCGUUUUCUUCACCGGGUCCGCUGGUACGGGGAAAUCUGUUCUUAUGAGGGCGAUAAUUUCCAAGUUGAAGCACAAGUACCGGAAAGACUCUGAUCGGAUCGCAAUCACAGCGUCGACCGGCUUAGCAUCGUGCAUCUUGGAAGGACAGACGCUACACAGUUGGUCGGGAAUUGGGUUGGGAAAGGAGCCUGCACCUGAACUAGUCAAAAAGAUCAAGCGCAAUCAGAAAUCGAGGCAGAAAUGGCUCCGGACCAAGGUUCUCAUUAUUGACGAAGUAUCCAUGGUCGACGGUCAGCUUUUUGACAAGCUGGAGCAAGUGGCGCGUACUAUUCGAAACAAUGGCCGCCCUUUCGGUGGUAUUCAGUUGGUCGUCACUGGAGACUUUUUCCAACUCCCUCCUGUACCCGACAGAAACACUUCGGCCAAGUUUGUCUUUGAGGCAGUAACGUGGAACACCUGCAUCCAACAUACCAUCCUGUUGACCCAUGUCUUCCGCCAAAAGGACGAACAGUUCGCUCGAAUGCUCAACGAAAUGCGUCUGGGUAAGAUGAGUCCUGCCACUAUCCGAGAAUUCAAGUCACUUUCGAGGCCUUUGGAUUUCCGCGAUGAGCUUGAGGCAACUGAGCUGUAUCCUCGCCGUGAGGAAGUCGAAAAUGCCAACCAGAAUCGUAUGCGAAAGCUGUCCGGCCAAAUGAUGACUUUUACAGCAGUGGAUACAGGCACCGUUGACCUUAACACACGAAAGGCGUUGCUGAACAACUUUAUCGCUCCCGAGGUACUCGAGUUGAAGAAGGGUGCACAAGUCAUGCUGAUCAAAAACAUUGAUACACAACUCGUCAACGGAUCCCUCGGGAUUGUACAGUCAUUCAUGGAUGAAGGCACAUUCUUCACCUACAAGGAUGACGAACCCACGUUUCUCCUGGCGCACGAGCCAGACGACGAAGACGACAAUGGUGAGAUAAAGGCUGCACGUGAGAAGAUCCGUGAAGCUAGGCUGAAAAACUCGACCACGGGUGGCGAGCCCAGGAGGCUGUGGCCCAUGGUGAGAUUUAACCUACCGGACGGAACAUCAAGGAGUAUGCUCUGCUCUCCGGACGAGUGGAAGACCGAAGCCCAGAACGGUGAAGUCCUUGUGAAACGAGUCCAGGUACCUCUAAUUCUAGCAUGGGCCUUGUCAAUCCACAAAGCACAGGGCCAGACACUUAGCCGAGUCAAAGUGGAUCUCGGGAAGGUCUUUGAGAAAGGCCAAGCGUAUGUCGCAUUGAGUCGAGCAAGAACAAAGGAAGGCUUACAGGUUCUUCGGUUCGAUGAGCGGAAGGUCAUGGUCCAUCAAAAGGUGCUGCACUUCUAUUCCAAGCUGUCUAGUCAUGAGACGCUGGGAAAGAAGGAGGUCAAGAAAGAAGUGACCGAGGAGAAGGAUGACUUCGGCGACGACUUUACGUUCGAGGAGAUGCUCGAGGCUGAGAAGCAAAUGUUGAAGGCCAGUGCGGCGUAGCGACGGAUCUGCCUCUGGGGAAUGAAGCCUGCGUCUGGGAAGCGUACCGAAGAGAAAUCUCGCUUGAGAUCGCAAGGAGCGUCCAAUUGACAUGAAUUAGUCUGUAGAUAUUAGAUGUGAAGCACAGUCUAUGAUGAAGCCUAUAGUGGUGUCUGGCGAUUCAGCCUUGGAUGGUCGUGUGAGAUGAUGACGAAAGGGGAAACACC